UGCUCCCCCAGUCAGUGCUGACCCCAGUGUGGUGCUGGGAGUGCUGUGGGGUGCGGGUUCAGUAGGGAGCAUGCUCCCUCAAUCAGUGCUGACCCCAGUGCGGUGCUGGGGGUGCUGUGCUGUGGGGCUCAGUAGCGGGAAUGCUCCCCCAGUCAGUGCUGACCCCAGUGCGGUGCUGGGGUGCUGUGCUGUAGGGAGCUACCAGCCUUUGGAUGAAAAGUAGAAGUCAGGUCCGUGAUUCCUGUGGCUAUUAGUGAUCUCUGAGCACUUUCCCCAGGUGGCGGGGUGUUUGUCCCAAUGGCCGGCCACCGUCUAUCUCAAGUUAAUUGAUUGUUCCUGUAUAACCUCCCUCCAGUUUCAAUUCAAUUCCUUUACUCAUUUGUAAGCUACUAGAUUCAAUUGGAGACAUUGAUUUUCACUUCCACUUCUAAAUUGUGCAAUGUUAGUGUGUGCUCACACAGCUCCUGUGAUCCACCCCAGAGCUGGCUGGGUUUCAGCAGUGGGUUAGGUGAUUUAUGAAGCUUUACCCCUUUUAUGGGGUAUCUCCAUAUUCUACCCAUUCCAGUAGGUAUGUAUUGCUGCUUAGUGAUUGCUGAGGACACAAUACAAAUAACAGACUCUGGAAAAACAAAAAAUUCUAAUGAUCUGCAUCUUGAUCCGUCAGGGAAACUGGCUUUGUCCCUUCAUAGACCCAGAGCCUUGCUGCAAGCUAGCAUUUUUGCAGUAUUUGCCUGUGGAUGUUUUAGGCAGUAUUCAAUUGCAUUGCCAAAUGUGCCCAACAAAACCCGCUAUUGGCUGCUUGCUGCUCAGAUGCAUGGUCUCCCAUGGUCAUGUUCAUGCUGCAUUUGCAUUGCUUCUUACACUUCAUGUCAUAAAGUGCUGACCCUAACAAGUAAUAUCGUGUGAUCUCUAUACCUCUCGGUGCUGUCGCAUGGGUAUGGUCCAUAGGGAGUCCCUAACUUGGGAAGAAAUUGUUCCUUUCUCCCCCUUCCCCCCCUCUCCCCUCCGAAUGGUCCUUGUGUCUCCUGUCAACCAUUUUCCUCAUUUUUUCCAUUCCAGAGCCAUUCAACACACAUGCAUGUUGCUUAGCUAUUUAUUAGAGCGUAAGGCUGACAAAGAGAUGAUGAUAAUGAAGCUCAAGAAGUUGGAAUCUAGCAUGCGCUCUGGCCGUAAAUUGUUCAGACUGGGCAACAUGGUGCAUGCCAUGGUAGCAGCCAGGCGAACUACCCAGCUACCAGACCUGGUGCCCCGUGUCUGCCUGACAGCCUCCAACCUCAACCGUGUUCUGUAUUUCAUCUGUGACACGGUCCUGUGGGUGAAGAGUGUUGGACUCAUCCCUGACAUUGACAAGCAGACGUGGCGGAACUGGGCUACCAAAUGCUAUUACUAUUCACUGCUGAUGAAUUUGACCAGGGAUUUGUAUGAGAUCUCCUGGCGGAUGGAACAGGAGGCUCAAAGGGAGAAGGCAAGGAAGGAGAACUCUUCUCAUUGUGAUGAACAAGAUCAGGAUCUGUUCAGUUUCCAUGCAGGUGGGUUGCAGCCUUUUCUCCUCCUGCUGUACCACACCCUGAGGAAACACCCUCCCUUGUUGCUAGACACAGUGAAGAACCUUUGCGAUCUCUCUAGUCCUUUUGACCAGCUGGGAAUCUACAAAACCAACCCAGGAGUUAUUGGGCUCUGUGGCCUCCUCUCAUCCCUGGUGGGGAUCCUCACAGUGGCAAGGCCACAUAUGAAGCUGAAGUACUGAUCUGAGAGCAUCACAUACGGUGAACUGGCAGGUUUGCUUCCCUGACAGUUUCCAUUCCCAGGAUGGUAUUUUAAAAAUGAACACAUUUGACAAUCACUCUUCAUAUGUGGUUUGUUCUCUGGAGGAGUCAGCUUUACUUCCUCCUCCUCCUCCUUCCUGAUAUCCUCCCAGGUGAGGAGCUGCUGUGUGCUGUGACAUACUACAUGAUGGAGAAGAACGGUGAAGAGGCUGAGCAAGGACUGAGCAAAACAUCCCUGAAGAAUAUUGUGAAACAUGGAAAUCAAGACUUUACAAAUUGCUGCUAGUUAAGGACAUGUUGCUGUCUCCUGUAUUUGAAUAUAGACAUGUGGAAUAGCUGCAUAGACAACUAAAAUUGUAUAAAAAGCCAUAAGUAGUGGUGCUGACAUUGGAAAGGCAGAAUUCACCAAUGAGGGUUCAUACAAUCAUUUGUCUUUCUUGAAUACAUUCAAGCAUGUUGGUACCAGGAAGGCUUUGGGAACUGUAGUUCAAAUGGCCUGGAUUAAAACGUGAGUUUUGUGAGGGGAUGUAUGAUGCCAGGGGACUGGUAAUUGGUUAUACGGAGCUUUUCAUCUCUAGACAGUGGUUCAAAUCCAGCCCAGGCUGGUAGUAACUGAAGAGUGCUACUGUUUGGUGAUAUGGUGGCCACCAUUGACUAUGUAUUGGUGGGACUAGAUCCAGUUCCUAGUGAAUAGAUGUCUAUAUCCCAGAAACCACCACCCCAUCUGCCCUCCUUGUUGACAAUACAAGGCCAAGGAUUGCUUGGGCCAUGGAAUCUGAAUUCCUCUCUAGAAGGGUCCUUCCAGGUCAUGGUUAGGUACACUGUCUUUUUCCAGUGUAUGGGGGUAGCUUACUGCAGUGCUGCUCACGCUGGGGAUAAGCAAAGGAUUUCAGUCUCCAUGAUUGCUGAUCUGACACCAUUCACCAGCACUAGUCUUCCGCCAAAUACACACACCAAACCCUGGCAAUUCCAGGAGGGUGAUAAUUUCUGUACUCUCUGAAGCAGCUUUUGCACUGAUAGUGCUUUAGUUUUGCUGAAAGUUUUCAAAUAUCAGUUUUAAAUCCUCCUGCUAUUGAGAGAAACCUGCCCCAAGGCUCCUGGUGAGUGAGCUGGAAUGACACUGCCGGGAGUGUUGUCAGAAAAGGGAACUUACACUCUUGGACUGGGAUGAGCUUGCUGAUGCCAAAUUCCUUUGAUAAGCACCUGCAAGAAGAGAAUCCUUUUAUCUGACCCUCUCUAGAGUCCACCCCAUCAUGGCCACCUGCUUGGAUAAGGACAUGUGGUUUUCUCAUAUGUCACCUCUCUGUUUGGGUGGGUUCUACCACUCUAAUGUCCCUUUCAUUCUCCCAGCCAUCUAGGUAGAAUGUUGCUUUGAAUUAUUACACAGGUUAUGGGAGAAAAUACUGUCUAAUUUUCUAAUGUGUAUGAUGUGUGUUGUUUGACAUCCUUUUGGGUGAGGGGGACUGACUUUACAGACAUGCCACCUUUCUACAGGAGCUGAGCCACAGAUGCUAAUGAAUCUACUUGUGAUGCAAGAGCCAAAACAAUCCCUUCUCUGGAUCUGAGCCUGAUCUAUGAUCUCUGCUCACCACCAAUGCAGAGACUUCACCCCGUCCCACAGCUGGGAGGGCAGGGUGGUGAGUUUACAAACUUUCCCAGUAGUUUUCUGGUACAGAGGGACUGUGGAAGGGCCAGCGUAGUCACACUGACUCCAGGAGAGACAGCCUAAGAGUGGGGAAAAAAACUCUCCUGUGCGGAGAAGGGGGAUAAGUGAGGAAAGGAUUUCAGGCUGGCUGGCCUCUUCAAAGCCUUCCCCCACCAGGGGCUGACCUGUAACACCACCACCUGGGUCUGACAAGGAUGCUUAGGCUUUCAGGCUCACUGCUAUGGGAUUCCAACAGGCCUGUCUUAGUCCUUUGCUUAGGCAGGUCACUGGAUUUUAGAAGCUAAUACUUGCGAUUCCCCCUGGGAGCUGGAAGCUAUGGGUUUAAUUUAUUUAAUUUAGCUUAAUCUAACUAAAGCUGGAGAAUCAACCAAAAGGAGAGAAUUCUUUAGGUCAACCUCCUCAGGCUCCUGGAAUAAGGGCUGCUGCUGUUGUACAUUGUCUAGGGAAACACAACUAAUAAACUGAAGCUGAGUUUGAA